UCAUUUCCAGUUAUUAAUUUGUUUAUACCUUCAAUUAUUCAAUAUGCCUGCAGUGCGUCGAAGAACCAAUAGAUCUGUCAGCAUAUCGGAGGCUAAACUAAGAGCAAAUGAAAAUGGCACAGAACAUACUGCAAAGACGGAAAACACUAGAAUCGUUAAAGAAAUGCCACAUUAUGGUACAAAGAUAUGUCACGAAGCGAGAGACUCUUUAUUUAGCUCGAAAAGUGGCUUCUCUGAUUAUCGCGGAUUUUUGAACCUCUGUGUCAUACUUCUUGCUAUUAGCAAUGCAAGAUUAUUUCUUGAAAAUGUUCUAAAAUAUGGAAUAUUGGUUGAUCCUUUUCAAUGGCUUGCAGCGAUUUUCCAAGACCCAUAUGAGUGGCCAAAUGUGUUGUUGAUGUGCGCUUCCAAUAUUUUUAUAGUAGUUGCAUAUUACAUAGAGCUAGCUGUUGCCCGAAGCAAAAUUUCAAACAGCGUUGGCAUAGGGUUCCAUGUAAUAAAUCAAUUAGGAGUAGUAGUCCUUCCGCCAUUGCAAAUAUUGAUGUUAGAACCUCACCCAAUAGGUUCAGUCUUUGCAUGUGGUACGUACAUCAUUGUCUUUGUUAAACUGUGGUCCUAUGCACAAGCAAAUAGCUGGUAUCGGGAAGAUUAUCUCAAAGCUUCGAAUCAAAAAAGAAAACUUCGACGCACAGCUUCAAUGCCAGAUACAAGGAUCGAUGAAAAACUGAAUCCAGAGGCAAUUCAGGUCCAAUACCCAUACAAUUUAACAAUAAAAAAUUUAUACUAUUUUAUGUGCGCACCAACUCUAUGCUAUGAAUUGAAUUAUCCACGAAGCAUAAAAAUACGAAGAGCUUUUCUCUUGAGAAGAAUUAUAGAAGUGUUGUUUUUACUGCAACUUGAAUUAGCUCUUUGUCAGCAAUGGAUUGUUCCUACUCUACAAAAAGCCAUCGCCCCCAUACAUAAGCUGGAAGGAAGCAGAAUGUUGGAAAGACUUCUUCGACUUGCGAUACCUAAUCACUUUAUGUGGCUUAUCUUCUUUUACUGGUUUUUCCAUUCUGUUCUAAAUGUUAUUGCCGAAGUUUUACGUUUCGCGGAUCGUGAAUUUUACCGAGAUUGGUGGAAUUCAGAAACAAUUGUUUAUUUCUGGCAAGCAUGGAAUAUACCCGUACACAAAUGGUGUACGAGACACGUCUACAAGCCUAUUUUAAAAUCAGGUGGAUCGAAGUUUAUCGCACAAGUUGCUGUAUUCCUACUAUCAGCUUUUUUCCACGAAUAUAUGGUCUCGAUUCCUCUUCAUGUUUUCCCUUUCUGGGCGUUUAUGGGCAUGUUAGCUCAAAUCCCAUUGUCAGCUGUCACAUAUUGGGUUUCUUCAAGAUACUCAGGUCAUUAUGGUAACAUGAUGGUAUGGUUUUCUCUAAUUGUUGGUCAACCAAUGGCAAUCCUGGCAUAUGUAUACCAGUAUUAUGUCUUACAGUAUGGAGAGGUAGCUGCUGGAACAAACCCCACCACACAAAUUGGAUCAUAAAUGUUAACUAUAUUCCGUAUCAGAAUACACAGUAAUUUUUAUAUCAAAACGAAGGUGUUGAGUGAAUUUUCUGAACGAGAAAACAGCAUAUGCAGUCAGUUUUUAUGAUAAAAAUUCAUUUCCUAUACAAAUUUGUGUUGAUGGUUUUUCAUUUACCCUUUUAUGUCAAUAUUGGUUGAUCAGGCUCGUUUUACUGAUACUUUUUAUUUACAAAAUUUUUUAAUUUUUGUAUUUUAUCAAAAUUAUCAAUUCAAUGAACAAUUAUGUAUUUUUAUAAUUUUUGCACUGAGUAAACUAGACAAUGAAUCAAAUAUUUUUCCAGCUGUUGGUGUGUAAAUAGUAUAAUAGGAAUUGUAUGGAAGAUAAUUUAGCAAAUGAUAUUGUUCAAACUUAUACUUUAUACUAUCUGUUUACUAAGACGAAGCACUUUGUUGUGAUUUUGGCACAGCAGACAGUAUUUUUAUUCAAUUUUGUUUAUAGCAAAUUUUGCAUCCUGGAUAUAUAACGGUAGGUCCAUUUUUUAGUUCAGCAAUAGAUCAAAAUUUUGGUUUGAGCUGAAAAAUGGUCAUGUUAGCAGUUGACAAUGGCCAGUUAGUUCAAAGUUGGCUUCGACAUUCAAUUCCUGAUGAAAAAAUCAAUCAGCAACAAGUCAAAUGUAUAUUCAAACUUUUUGAAUGCUAUUUCUUUUGAUAUACAUUGACCCAUUAUUAUUAUGACCCAAUUCUUAUUCAAUUAUGGUUUUCAAAAUGUUCAGAAUAAGGAAUUUCCAUCUCUCGUCUUUCAGAGAAUUUAUGGAUUUUAUAAUUUAAGAUGUUCCUAUUAUUUGGUAUUAUCGGCUCAAACAUGCUGUGUAGCUUUAUGAUAAAUGUACUACCUUUUAUCGUGGAUGUCGGGUUUUAUCUUAAUUUAACACUGUGUUCGACGUAAAUAACGCUGGUGUUUUUAUUCUGAUGUUAAUGCAAGUUUUCUUGACUCUAUUUUGCGUUAUGCCAACCUUUUCCAGGAGGACACUAUCAACAAAAAAUAAAGACACUAUCAACAAAAAAUAAAUUAAAUUGGUUAUGCAA